UGCAAAAUGCGCUCUUUUGCUUCAUCUUGCUAACAAACAGAUCGAAUAGAAAGCAAUUCGUGAAAACAGCUAAAGGCUAAAGCAAGCUUUACUAGUUACUAGGAGGAAAAGAAAAUGCAGGGAGUUAAUGAGAAAACAGCUAAUGCAGCAGCCUCAGCAAAGUCUGGCAUGGAGAAAACCAAGGCCGCCAUUGAAGAAAAGGCAGAGAGAAUCACAACUAGGGACCCAUUGAAGAAAGAGAUGGCAACAGAGAAGAAAGAUGACAGGAAAACUGCUGCUGAGCUGAACAAGAGAGAAGCCAAGGAUCAAAAUGCAGCUACAAGGGAUAGUGGAGCUCAGGGUUACACUACUACCGGGGUGCCAGAAUACUCAACGACUGCUUAUGACCCAACAGAAGACGUGACUGGAGGUGGAGGGCCAAUGCGCUCCGGCCAUCCGACUUCGGCGGGAAGUAUACAAGAUUCCAGUUUUCCUUGUUGAUCUAGCACUCUUUAGAAGAAUAAAUGUUUUGGUUCAUCGCAAAUUUCAUGGUGCAGUUAAUUAUCUCUUGUUCGUAUAUAUUGGAGAUUUGGAGUUGGAGUUGGGCGGACGCUCUCUCACUCUCCGACAAACACACGCACUCACUAUAAAAUGUGUUGUAUUGUAUUGAAUCUUGGGUUGGAGAUUUGUUUACAGAAAAGGAACAUUCACUAUGAUGAUGAUGCCAGUAAUUAAUUCAUUUUAUAACUUCGAACUCUUGCUCAUUGGAACUCUUGCUUAGUGGAAUCA